AGUUGAAUGUUAGUAGAGCUGCACUCGGCGCUAAUGCGACCAAUUUAAGUUAUUAACGCGACUUUUAAGUACUUGGCAGUCAGGUUUUAUCCGUCACGUCUCUACAGUUUGGUAAAGUUCCCUUCAAGGCUCCACUCUCGCCUUUACUAGCUGUAUUUCCUUGUGAACUUUGCGUUAGCUUCAUUAGCUAACUGAGUAACCGCUGGUGUUGUCAGUGGUAACCUAGCAGCCUGAGCAUCACAUCAUGGAAACUUCAGGCUGGCUGUUUACUGUCAUUUUAACUCACCUGCUGUCUGUAUUCUCCAUCUGCCAUGUUCAGCUGAUCUUAGUGAGCGAUGUUGAAUAAAAACAGGCAUCUUGGUUUAACAGUUUAACUCAUAAUCUCAGCGUGUAGGUAGCUAAUUCAUGAAAAUAGGUGCUAGGUCUCCGAGUUUCUUGCAGCAGUUUGUGGAGUAACGGCUACUUAACGUUACCUUAACGUAAUCACAAAUCAAAAUUGAUUUCAGUGAAGCGUUUUUGCGGUAAAAGGAGGCUAAUUUUAGGAGCACAGCGAUGUUUAGCUUUCUAACCACAGUGAGCUAGCUAACCAGCUAACAUUAGCACAGUUAUCACAGUCUGUUGGUUUCUUGGUUAAAUCUUUACCAACACACUGAGACCAAGAUGCCUGCUGCUCUGGACUGGGACAAAGUGACCAGGAUCGACCCAGCGAGUCUCCUUGAAUAUGAAAAAGACCAAGUGGACGAGGUCUUCAGCAUGUUCGUUUUGACAGAAGAAUGGGAGGUGAAGGAUAGAGCUCCAGAGAACAUCAUUAAAGUCCUCAGAGUGUUUCAGACCCUGCUGAAGAUUAAGGAUCGCGAGGUUUCUAUUGCUGAUCAAUUUGUCGAAGCAAUUGGUGUGAAGUAUGCUAAAACUGAAAAGGAGCUCCUCGCCAAGUUGUCGAGGCUGGAACAAGAGCACAAGCACUCCGGCACAGGGCCAGACAGCCGCUUUCUGAGAGAUGAGGUUCAGCAGCUCGAGACCCAGCUGGAGCUGAAGGAGAGAGAGUUGACCCAGUUAAAGAAAGAAAUGGGCAAAGAAAAGAAAACCAGCGAGGAGUUGAUUGUGCGAGCAGAGGAGGCCGAGGAUGAGGUCAAGAAGCUGAAAAGAGAGAACGAGCAGCUCCAGCAGGAUGUGGAUUUCUACCGCGGAGAGCUGGAAAAGAAAGAGCCGGCCCCAUCCAAAGAUGAGAACGCUGAGAUCCAGAAGAAGCUCACCCUGACUAACAGACAGCUCUACCAAUACAUGGAAGACGUUCAGCGAGCGGAGGAUGAAAUCGUCCACCUGAAGACGCAGAACGAGCAGAUGCAGAAAAGUCUGGAGGAGUCAGUGAGGGAGAUGGAGAAGAUGACGGACGAGUACAGCAAGAUGAAGAUCAUUGUCCAGCAGACGGACUCCAUCAUGGAUCAGCUGAGGAAAGAAAGGGAUCACGCCAAGCUGCAGGUCAGAGAGUUAGCAGAUAAGAUUCAUAGCAUGACUGAAGAGGACGACCCGAUAAUGGCGGCAGUCAACUCCAAAGUGGAGGAGUGGAAGAGAGUGCUCUCUGGGAAGGACGAAGACAUUUUGGUGUACCAGCAGAUGAUCCGGGAUCUGAGGGAAAAGCUGCGCUCGGCCCAGCUGGACUUGGACAAAAGCAAUAUUCUUGCCUUGCAGCAGGCCGUCCAAGAGAGAGACAAUCAAAUCAAGAUCCUGAGUGAGCAGGUGGAGCACUACACAGUUGACAUGGAGAAGCACACCCAGCUCAUCGAGGAGCUGAAGACGUCCACAAAGAAAGACAGAGGCCUGCCGUCAUCUGUCCAGCAGAGGAAGAUGGAGGAGCUGAAGUCCAAGCUGGAGGCUGCAGAGAUGCGAGUGUCAGAAGCAGCGCAGGCGGUAAAACUGGCAGAAGCUCACGCUGAAGAAAAAGACAAAGCACUCAUUGAGGCUUCAAACCGCUUGAGCCAGUAUGAGUCUGGCACUUACGGCCUUGAAGCAGCCAUUGUGGAAAUCAAAGAGUGUAAAAAUCAAAUUAGAGUGAGAGACCUUGAGGCAGAGGCCAUGACCAAAGAGAUCAACCAGCUCGAGAUGAGAAUCAAUGACCUCAUGGACGAAAACGAAGAUUUCCGUGAAAAACUGGGUCUGGAACCAAAGCAGGAAGUGGAUCUGACAGAGUUCAGGCGAGCCAAAGAGCUCAGACAGCGCCAGUACAAAGCAGAAAACCAAGUCCUCACCAAAGAGAUCGAACGGCUUGAGGAAGAACGACUGGAGCUGAAGCAACAAAUCAGACGCUUGGUGAAGGAAAGAGGGAUCCCACAGUCCAGCUUACUGCCGGAGGAGGACAUCAGCCCCCGCAGGACCGUCCAGCUGCCACUAAACCAAAGCAGCACUCACACAGAUGAAGAGAUCAGACGCAGAAACGAGUACCUUGAAAAACAGCUGAGGAACAAGGAGAGAGAGCUGGAGCUUCACAAGACCCAGUUUCACAUCAAAUUGGAUGAACUGUCCAAAGUGAAACGAGACCUGGAGGACGCGCUGAAAGACGUCCUCCAAGCCAUGAGGAGUAAUCAAGAGACCUCUCCAUCUGAUGCUGCCGUCAGCAUCACCAGUCUGGAGAGGUUGGCUAAUGCUAUAGAUGGGAGCAACACGAGCGAGCAGUCUGAGUCCGCCCUGAACCUCAAGUCCCAAAUCCAUCAGCUGGUUGGGAGGAACGAAGAACUGAGGCAGGAACUGAAAUCAGCCCGGGAGGAAGCAACCAGCAGCUUCAGUCAGCUUGCCAGAGCCAAAGAAAAGGUGAGUCACCUGAAAGGUGAGCUGGAGCUAUUAAGGAGGUCGGGCAGCAGUGGAGUUGUGCUCCGACCUCUGACCCUCCCUGAAGGCCUGGAGCCCAGCAGUGCUGAGGUCAUCAGCUCUCUGAAUGAGUACGCUGUUCGACUUCUUCAGGAGCUCAGAAACCAGGAGGAGAAAAGCAAGAAGCUGGCAGGAACUCUGGAGGAAUACAAGGAGAAGUUUUCGGUUAUUAGCCACCAACAGGGACUCCUCUAUAAAGAAUACCUCAGUGAGAAGGCGGAGUGGCAGAAGGAGAAGGAGGCUUUCACAGAGAUGAAGAACAAGCUGGAGGAGCAGAAGCAGGUGGACGCCGUUAAAAUCCAAGAAUUUAACGAGCUGCUGGACACCCUUCAGAAGGACCCAGAGGAAAUCCGGAGACAGCUGAGCGAGGUGUUGCGCAAGUCAACGGUGCUGAAGGUGAAUGAGAAGAAACUGACGCGGCGCUACAGCACCCUGCUGGAGCAGGAGCAGCACCUCCGCAAGGAGAACAGCAAGCUGAGGGAGGAGAGCAGCCACAUGCAGGCGUCUGUCACCCAGAGGAUAGGAUACCUGCAGAGAUACAAGGAAAUGGCGGCAUAUAAGAUAGCAGCACUGCAGAAGGCCCUGGACGACAGCGUCCCCUCGUCAGACCUGGAGAAGGCGAACAAACAGUACACAGAGCUGACGAUCAAGUACAGAGACAUGCUGCAGAGGGACAGCCGCCUCAUACAGAGAACCACCAACCUGGAACAUCUGGAGAGUGAGAACGAGUCGCUCCGGCAGCAAAUCUCAGUCAUGAAUAAAGAACUGGAGAUCACAAAGGAGAAACUGAACACUUUAGAGCAGGCGUGGGACAACCUCAGUGCAACAGGGGGUGAAAAUGGCAUGGAUAAGGCGGACAAGGCGUUGGCCAACCAGGAGAUGGUGUCUGCCGCCAGGCGCAUCACCACAUUGGAGAUGAAGGAGCUGAACGAGAGGCAGAGAGCCGAGCAUGCCCACAAAAUGUAUGAACACAUGAGGAGCUCCCUCAGGCAGGUGGAGGAGCGUAACUCAGAGCUGGAGUCUAAGUUUGCAGAGUUGACCAAGUUGAAUGCAGAAGCCCAGAGGGUGGAACAGGAGCUGAGAGACGAGCUGGCGGACAGCGUCAGCAAGGCUGUGAGUGACGCUGACAGAGCCAGGGUUACAGAGCUGGAGAAGGCCGAGGCUGAGCUUCGCAUUGAGGUUUCUAAGCUUCAUGAGGUGUCUGAUGUGGCCAUGAUGCAGGCGUCUGCUCUUCAGGCCAGACAACAGUCCAAAGAGAAGGAAGUAGAAGCUCUGAGGAGACAAAUACUGGACUAUCAGUCACAGUCAGAUGAGAAGGCCCUCAUUGCGAAGCUCCACCAACACAUUGUGGCUCUGCAGCUCAGUGAGUCAUCCUCACUGGCCAAGCUGGAGGCCGCCACCUCUCACAUCCAACAGCUGGAGGCCUACAAGCUGCGUGCUGAACAGCGGCUGGAUGCCAGUGAGCGUGCUCUGUUCCUCGCCCGCCAGGAGGGCAGAAAUCGCUCUAAACACCUACGGCAGACCAUCCAGUCUCUGCGGAGGCAGUUUGCUGGAGCGCUGCCUCUUCCUCAGCAGGAGAAGUUCUCUGUGAUGAUGGUGAGCCUCCAGGAGGACCGAGCAAAAGCCCAGGAGGAGAAGAGGAAGGUCGAGGAGGAGAGGAGGAGGGCAGAGGGUCGGGCAGAGGAGCUGGAACUGAGACUCCGAGGUCUGGAGGAGCUCAUCUCAACACUGAAGGAUGUGAAAGGAGCCCAGAAGGUAACCGAGUGGCACAAGAGGAUGGAGGACGCUCGUCUGCAGGAGCUGAGGAAAGGCCGAGAGCUGGUGGUCCAAAAGGAGGAGAUCAGGUACCUGAAGAACCUGGUGGAAGAGCAGGAGCGAAAUAUACGCUCGCUGGAAGAGGAUAUCGUGCAGCAAAAUACGUUUCAAGAAGAACGCCAGCUUGCAUAUGACCAGCGGGAGGUGGAGCUGGAGCGCCAGCUGGACCAGUACGAGAAGCACCAGAGUGAAAUUCUCAGCAGUGCUGAAAAGUAUGAAGAUGGUACAGGAUCCCUCCCAGACCCAAAUCUGCCUCUCGCUCAUCAGUUAGAGUUUGCUUUGAGUAAAAACAGAGAGCACGUCCGCACCAUCUUAGACACACAGGCUACCUGCAAAAGUCUGGAUGAGAAGCUGAAAGAGAAAGAGACGGCUCUGUGGAAGGCAGAACAGAACAUCGUGUCCAGAGAUAAAGUGAUCAAUGAGCUGCGUCUUCGCCUCCCGGCUGCUGCCAACAGAGAACGCCUGCUGGCUGACCUCGCCAAGCAUGAAGAGGGACAGACAGACCAUCAGCCUGCCCUCAAGCUGGCUCACCAGACCAUCAAAGACCUCCAGGGUCGGCUGGACAAAAAAGAGGAUGUGCUAAAGAAAUACCAGAACCAGCUGGCUCAGGCCAGACAGGAUCAGGAGGAGAUGAUAAAGAGACACCAGGAGGAGCUCAGGGCGCUGCAUCAGAAGUUGGACUCGCACACGGACACGUCGCUGGACCGCUUCAAACAGACAGCAAUGGAGUUGAUGAAGAAGCCCACCAUCAGGGUGCCGACCACCAAACAUUUGGAGCGUCUGGCUGAGUUGGAGCAGACGGUGGCUGAACAGGAUGUCGCGCUCUCGUCUCUCACAGAGAAGCUGAAGCUGGCCACUGCUGAGCUGGAGCGACAGAGGAUCACCAUGGAAACACUGGCCAAGAAACACGCUGACGAGAUGUCAAAGCUGGAGGAGCAUCAUGCCACCCAGGUGAAAGCUCUGACCGGUGAGACCGAGGAUCAGACGAGUCAGGUGUCCCAGAUGGAGAAGGAGCUGAACUACCUCCGGACUGAGCUAGCAGCACAGAAGGAGGCCAACGUCCGCUCCCCCAGCAACACCAUGAAGAACCUGGUGGAGCGACUGAAGGCGCAGCUCGGCCAGAAAGAGAAACAGCUCAAGGCUCUCAGUAAGGCUCUGCUGGAGCUGCGAGCAGAGAUGACGUCAGCCGCAGAGCAGCAGGUCAUCGCCAGCGCUGCACAGAAAGAGGAGAGUCUAAAUGUACAGAUGCUGGUUGACAGACACACCAAAGAGCUAAAGGCACGGUUGCAAGAACUUAAUGAAGAACUUCAAGCUGCGAAGGAGUCUGCCAAAGCAGCCAGAGGCCGCGAGAACAGUCUGAAAGAGGAAGUGGACGGUCUGAACCAGGACCUCCAGAGGAGUCAGAAAACCCAGAGACGCCUGCAGGCUGAGAAGGAGGACAGAGAGCAGGAAGUCCAGGAGCUGAAGCAGCAGAUCAAGAGGCUCAGCAGCGCCCUGCAGAAUCAACCAGAAGCAGAUGGGAAGGGGCCCACCAUCGAGAAUCUGCAGAGGAAGAUCAGGAAGCUCGAGUCGGACCUGGAGAAAAGAGCAGACAUGAAGGAUGUUCCGGAUGGUCAUGAAAAGACCAAAGGUGAAAUUGUGCGCUGGGAGGAGGGGAAGAGAUGGCAGGCCAAGAUGGAGAAGGUGAAGAAUUUAUUGAAGGAGAAGGAACGAGAGAAUGAAUCUCUGUCCAAACAGCUCAGCACUCUCAAAGACCUCUAUGCCAGACUGGAGCAGGAGAAGAGUGCGCUGCAGAAGAAGCUGAAGGGUCGAGGUGUGACGGCUGAUCAGGUGGUCGGAGUUCGAUCUGCUGAAAUGGAGAAAGAGAUUGAAGAGCUGAAGAAGAAGAACUCAGACCUGGAGACACAGAUCCUCACCAUAAAGCAGCACCAGGCUUUACCUCGUGACGACGCCAUGGAGAAUCUGACCGUGAGGAACCGCUACCUGGAAGAGAGAGUGCACGCCUUAGAGAACCAGAUAUCCAAAGAGCCGCCAUCAAGACCCUCUACGUCAGGACGAGGCACCGGCACGCCCUCACAGAGAGAUCAGGACCUUCAGAAAGAAAACCUCAAACUGGCCUCUGAGAACCUGGAGCUGCGAUUUCAGCUGGAGCAGAUCAACAAAGACGUACCAAGACUCAAGAAUCAAGUUGCAGACCUGAAGGAGAUGUGCAGCGCGCUGAAAAAAGAAAAGGCCGAGGUCGAGAAAAAGCUGGCUCAUAUACGUGGAGCUGGCCACAGCGGUAAAACCGUACCUGAGCUGGAGAAGACCAUCGGGCUGAUGAAGAAGGUGGUGGAGAGGGUGCAGAGGGAAAAUGAGACACUAAAGAAAUCCAGCGCACUUGCAAACCAAGAGAAGGUCGCUGCCUUGGAGCAGGAGAACGAAAAACUAAAGGCCGACUACGUGAAGCUGAAGAGUCAGAGUGAGGCUGAGCUGAGCGCCAAACUGGAAUCAAAAACCAAAGGACUGGAGAAAAUAGUGAUGGAGAAUGAACGUCUGCGCAAGGAGAACAAAAGGGAAGUGGAGGCUGCAGAGAGGCUGAGAGUGGCCAAGGCGAGUCUGGAAGUGACCAACGAGAGGCUUGAGGCAGAGCUGGAAGAAACGAAGCAAAGACUGCGGGCAGCUCUGUCCAAACCCAUCACAGAGGGAGCGGACAGUAAGACCUGGAAGGCUUCUGUGGUCACAAGAAUGUUUGAGAACAAGAUGAAGGAGCUGGAGAAGGAGCUGUCCCAUAAGACAUCCAGUCUGUCUGAACUCAAACAGCAGCUGAAGGAGGUGAAGGAGCGCGAGGAGAGAGCUCAGAUAAGCGUCCGGCAACUUGAAGAUCAGGUUGACUUGUUAAAAAACUUUCCUACUGCGGCAAAGACAUCAGGAGGACUCAGCAGAGAGUUCCAGGCAAUGAGGUUGGCCAACACUGAGCUGGAGAAGGAGAACGCAGACCUGAAACAAAAGCUGAACGAAUACAGCGAAAGAUUCGGUGAAACAUCUUCUAAACCAGACUAUGGGAAGCUCAAACACCUCCUGCAGGCGGCUCAAACAGAGAAAACCAAACUUCAAACUGAAGUGAAAAACCUGAAGAAAGAACUGGAGAACUUUGACCCGUCGUUCUUCGAGGAGAUUGAGGACUUAAAAUAUAACUACAACUUAGAGGUGAAGAAGAACAUCCUGCUGGAGGAGCAGCUGAAGAAGGUGUGUGAUCAGUUUGGUGUCAAAGCUGACCUGCCCAGUGUGUCCGUCAGUUAACUCAGGGUUACUGUGCCUUUAAAUGACAUCACGACUGUUCAACCUACACUUGAAUGUACUUUCAUCAACUGAUGACCAAAAAGUGGACAUUGUCAUAAACUAUCUUUGGGGCUGACUGUCAGGAACCACAGUUUGAAGUCUUACGUUCCAAAAGCAAAUUCCUUUUAAACUGUAGGAAACUCGUCUCCUUUCCAGUUUCUUGAAUGUAGCUCGUUAAGUUUCUCAUGUAAGGCAGCUAUUAAUUGUGUUAACACUGAGCUCUUAGUUUGGUGAUGUAACUAUAUGUGUACCAUAUAUAUAGUUAUAUUUGCACAAUUCUGACAUGAUGUUGUGUGAAUUUGUCAAUAAAGUUGCUUUAAUACUAA